CUCCUUUCUUUCCGACAUCCAUCCAUCGAUCCCCUUCCAUCUCCUCGCUGUCUCGCCCGAUGGAGAGAGAGAGAGCGAGAGCUCGCCUCCUCCCUUCCAGAUCGCCGCCGCCACCUCCCUCUGGCGGAGCUCGCCGUCGUCCAUGGCCUCCCCCACGCCCUACUCCUCUCGCCCCUCCCCUUCCUGGCCGAACCAACCAGCCCACCCAGCACCCUUCCUCCUCCAAGAAAGCAAAGCCGUGCCCUCUGACCGGGGGAUGAGAUCUGCGCCUGCGGGGAAUUUAUUGGCGCUCUCCACCGGCGGGGCUUGGAGAGGCCGGCGUUCCCCGUCGAGAUCCGUCGCGCGCAUCCUCCAGCGCCACCCGCAGCACGUCGAGUACACCACCACCCUGGACCGCCUCGGCCUGGCCGACCUCUCGUCCCCGCACUCCCAGACGCGCGCCGCCGCCAUGGGGAUCAUGCCCCCUCCAAGUCCAAGCAGCGGGCAGCGCCGAGGAAACGACGCAAUGGUUCUCCCCAACACCCCGCCCGUGGACUACCCCACCUUCAAGCUCAUCCUCGUCGGCGACGGCGGCACCGGCAAGACGACGUUCGUGAAGAGGCACGUCACCGGGGAGUUCGAGAAGAAGUACGAAUCGACGAUCGGCGUGGAGGUGCGGCCGCUGGACUUCCAGACGAGCCACGGCAAGAUCAGGUUCUACUGCUGGGACAUUGUUCGGGAAUUCGGUAACUGUUAGGCACCGAGUAGCGAUUAAAUGGGCAUUUAAAUGGUAACUCGGGAGUUCUUGAAUAGUGGCUGGGACACGGCCGGACAGGAGAAGUUCGGUGGCCUCCGUGACGGAUACUAGUAAGUUCGGUGGCCUCCGCGACAAUUGCAUACAUGUUUUUACCUCUUGCAUAUUUAACAUACAUGACAGUAGCACUAGGUAUUGAAAUAUAUGCAAAGGUAGAAGCUAUCGCUGCUGCUUGUCUCUUAAAUAAAUAAAUAAAUUAUGUAAUCAUGAUCUGAAAUCUCAUGCAGGUGAUCAUUGGUUUCGCUGCUGCCGAUGUGCCAGUCGGAGGUGCCGCUGCUACAUUUGGCGGAGCUAGUGCUACCGCUCCAAAGGGCAACCUUCAUCAGACACUACCUCAUAACAGUGCCUCAAAACUUUACCUCUUGCUAGAUCCUUCGGUGGAGGUGACCCAUGUGAUGGUGAUUCGCUCUAGCAGUUCUGGUUCCGGCAGUGGUGGUGCUACACUGCUACUGCUCCUAUGAUGGCUACGCAUUGGUAGGCUCGGCUGCCUCCCUUGGCUGUCGCUGUCAUCAGCCUAGUCUACAACCACUUCCGAUGACUCAGGAGUUCCUAGGCCAAAGAAAUUUUAAGAAGCUCGAAACCCCAGUCAUCGACUCGCUUUAUAUGUUAUUGAACUUGUAAUGCAGAAUUUGCUUGAAAUUUUGAUGUAAUGCUGAUCUUGCUGGGAAUUGGGUGUAUAUUUACUUGUUGUACAUGUAAUUCAAUGUUGGGUGUACUUGUUAUUCAAAUGAUGGGAAUUUGAAUUUGUGCUAAAUGUAUUUAGUUGGAUGUGAACAUAA